CUCUAGCAUUACUGCUGGAGGAAGAGGAGUAACAUGGCGGAUACCAUGGAAGCAACGAAGAGGCUGACGGCUAAGAAACAGACCCUCGACGAUGCCUAUGCGGCUCCUGCAAACUUCCUCGAGAUCGAUGUUCUUAACCCUAUCACACAUGGCGUUGGCAAGAAGCGAUACACCGACUAUGAAGUGCGCAUGAAGACAAAUCUGCCUGUCUUCAAGCUGAAGGAAUCCAGUGCCAGACGGAGGUAUAGUGAUUUUGAGUGGCUACGAAAUGAAUUGGAGAGAGAUAGUAAGAUUGUAGUACCUCCACUACCUGGGAAGGCUUGGAAGCGACAGCUCCCAUUCCGAGGUGAUGAGGGAAUCUUUGAAGAAGAAUUCAUUGAGGAGAGACGUAAGGGACUUGAGAACUUCAUCAACAAGUAA